ACGAAAUCAAAUCUGAUUUCAGAGUCAACAAGAUGAUGUUGCAUCGUGCGGUCCGUCGACAUGCAACGACGCUGGCAGCCAGGAAGACACCAGUCAAAGUGUUUGCGCCGCAUUGGGGAAGCGCCCAUCUGUCUCCAGAUGACUUCAUUGCGCGAGUGACAAGCGCUGGCUUUGACGGCAUUGAGAUGUCGUUGCCUUUGGACACACAGGAGCGAGACGGGUGGACUCGGCGUAUUCGCGAUGCUGGGCUUGACCUGAUUGCCCAGCAGUGGGAGACAGCUAUGGUGCCCAACUUUCACGAACACAAAGCGGCACUGGAAGUGUACCUUCGCAACGCCGCCGCGGCUUCCCCGUUGUUUAUCAACACCCACACGGGCAAGGAUUUCUACUCGUUUGAGCAAAACAGUCAGCUUUUGGAACUUUCCGAGCAAAUCGCUCAGGACACUGGCGUACGCAUUGUGCAUGAAAUUCACCGCAGUCGGUUCAGUGGCCACCCCAUGCUCGUGCUGCCAUAUUUGGACUCGUUUCCUGACCUAGAACUCAAUGCCGACCUGUCACACUGGUGCGUGGCGUGCGAGUCGUUGCUCGACGACCAGAGCGAGUUGCUCCAGAACGUCAUAUUCCCCCGCGUUCGACACAUCCAUGCGCGGGUCGGCCACGCGGAAGGACCGCAAGUGACCGACUUUCGAGCACCUGAGCAUGCAGAUGCGUAUGCGGCCCAUCUCUCGUGGUGGGAUACCAUUGUCAAGGCAGGAAAUACUACCACGAUUACUCCCGAGUUUGGCCCGGCCCCGUAUACGACCACUUUACCGUACACAAACCAAAUCGUGAGCGAUCCGUGGCACCUGAACGUGGCCAUGUUGAACGUGUUGCAGUCUCGCUAUGACCAUGUCAACUAACUAUCUACUAGUACUACUUAGUAUUAAUAUUAUUAAUAAUACAUACUAUUAAUACUAG